UAUUUUGCAACUUAGGGGGAGGGGUGCGACCCGACUCGAAUAAAAAAUACGCAGAUCCCUAUCGUACAAGUAUUUUGCAACAUCCAUGCACUAAGCUAGUUCGAGAGAGUCUUCAUUAGUUGUUGCAUAUCACGUAAUACAGCAAAGUCAUUACAAGCAAUUUGCAACACUGCAGUACCUGCCGGAAAAGAUGACUAGCGGGAACAGCAAGCCGGAUAUUACUGCGAACGAGGCUUUGCCAACACUAACUCUACCUCUUUAUGCCAUGAAUGGAGGAGAUGGACCUCAUAGCUAUGUCCAAAAUUCUUCCUACCAGAGAGGAGUGGUGGAUAUUGCAAAGCCAAUCAUAGAAGAAGAAAUUUCCAAGAACGUAGACAUCAAAGUCCUUUCUUCAGCCAGCACAAAUGGCUUUUGGGUUGCAGACUUUGGCUGCUCAACUGGCCACAACUCUUUUCCAGCCAUGCAAAUCAUCACUGAAGCUAUCCACCAAAAACAUGCUGCUUCCUCAGGACUUAUCACUCCCAAAGUCCCCAAAUUUGUCGUGGUCUUUAACGAUGUUAUCACCAAUGAUUUCAAUACCCUUUUCAGCUCCCUUCCACCUCAUAGGAAUUACAAUGCUGUCGGGGUUCCUGGGGACUUCCACGCCCGCCUCCUGCCAGAAUCGUCCCUCCUCUUUGCUUACUCUUCUUGGGCACUGCAUUGGCUUACAGAGGUGCCAAAGGUGGUCGGAGAAAGUGGUUCUCGGGCUUGGAACAAAGGGGAAAUUCUGUACACAAAAGACAGAAAGGAUGUUUGCGAUGCCUACUUGAAUCAGUAUGCUAAGGAUAUUGAGGCAUUCUUGGACGCUAGAGAAGUGGAGAUGAUGAGUGGAGGGCUAAUGACCCUUCUAAUUCCUGCAGUUCCUGCUUUUUGGAAUCCUGAUACUGAAUACACUUACCCUUCUGAUGUCAACCUUUUGGGAUCUUGCCUCAUGGACAUGGCCAAGAAGGGAAGAUUCUGUGAAGCCAAAGUUGACUCGUUCAACCUCCCGUACUACUUUCCCACCCCAGAACAGUUGAAGCCCAUAUUAGAGAGGAGCCACAGUUUCAGCCUGGAAAGAUUGGAGAUACUAAACAACCCCGGGAAGCACAGCUUGCCCAGCGUCAAGGCCCGUGCAGCAUUUAUCAGGGCUGUCCAUGAAGGACUGCUCGCAGAUCACUUUGGAAGUGAAGUCAUCGAUGAAUUGUUCGACCUGUAUAUACAGAAACUUGCAGCCUCACCGGUUUUCCAGAACCCCAACAACGAUAAAUCCAUAGUCAUUCUGGCAGUCCUCAAGCGAAAAUCCGACUAAUGUUACAAUACUACGGAUUCAAAGGGUUCUCAUGGCAUAAUGAUACGUACUAUUAUAUGUUAACUCAGCAUGCGAUGUUGUUGCUUAUUUCCUUUCGGUUGUAGAAUUAGAUAUCUGUAUAUAUGUUAUAAGUAUCCUCUUGUUUAGAACCUGCUCAAGCUUUUUCUUAAAAUUUCGGGUAAUUACACUCCCCUAGCUACU